AUGCCAUCGUCACCACAGCUUCGACCAGCUCGUCCUAAUCAGGAGCGACGAAACGCUCGUGAGCGUAAUCGGGUCCAUCAGGUAAAUCAUGGCUUUGACUUGUUGCGGACUCGUGUGCCCAAGGCAGGUAUCAACAAGAAACUCUCCAAAGCAGAUACUUUAAGAGAAGCAGUACGGUAUAUACAGUACCUGCAGAGUUUACUACAUGCCGAGGGUGGCAAUAAUCAGACAGGCUAUCCAACCCCUACCUGCACAGUGAACCAGGGUAUUUAUGCCCAAUCUGAAAUGGAAUUCGACGUCUAUUUUCCCACGUCAGCAACAGUCUCCACUACCUCUUCACAACAUCCUAGCCCUAUUCAUUCGAUGUAUGGCCCACCAGUGGUUCCACAACCUAAUAAUUCAGGUGCUCGUCCGUUUCCAUGA